AACAUUGGAUUUGUAAUUUAAUAGUCUCAAAACAAAAACACAUUUCAAUAAAGAACAUACUCUUUUUUCUCUUCUCCAAUGAUUAUCCAUUCCAAUAAUACCCACUUCACCAAACAAACAAGGAUUUUUAUGGAAAUAAUCCAAGAUUUUCUCAAGUCAACCCAAACCCAAAAUUAUUUUAUCAAAUUUUGACAAACAAUACAAGAACAUUGUAUAUUAUCAUCAUCUUUGAACAGUCUGAGUAUUAUGAUGAUGAUGAUGAAUCAGAAUCCAACAAUGGAAAUUGGUUCUUUGAGGUCGAACCUCAUCUGGGUCGGCCACAGUUCCAAUGAUCGUUGCCUUCAUUCCAUAAAGUUCUAUCCUUUUCACCAUAGAAGCAUUUUCCCGGGAAAAUGGAAAGGAAACAGAGAUGGGUUUUUCCCUAAUCGUCAUUUUCAUGUUAAUUGCAAAAUCCAGACUCAAGAAUUGCAGAUAAGAAAGUGUUCACCUAUUCUUGAAAGUUCAUUGCUGUCACGCGACGGUACCUUGGUGUCAGAUGAGUGGAAAGCUGUUCCUGAUAUAUGGAGGACAUCAGCUGAGAAGUACGGUGAUCGAAUAGCAAUUACGGAUACAUACCAUGAUCCACCUUCAGCUUUGACUUAUAAACAGCUGGAACAGGAAAUAUUGGAUUUCGCUGAAGGUUUAAGAGUCAUUGGAAUAAAACCAGAUGAAAAGCUUUCGCUAUUCGCUGACAAUUCAUACCGAUGGCUUGUUGUGGAUCAGGGGAGUAUGACUACCGGAGCAAUCAACGUGGUAAGAGGGUCGAGAUCGUCGGUUGAAGAACUAUUACAAAUUUAUAAUCACUCUGAAAGUGUCGGACUUGCUGUUGACAAUCCUGAGUUGUUUAAUCGGAUUUCAGAAGCUUUCCAUUCCAAGGCGAAAAUACGGUUUAUUAUUCUGCUUUGGGGGGAUAAAUCGAGUUUGUCUAACGAAGGAGUUGAAGGGAUACCUGUCUAUAACUACAAACAGAUUAUACAAUCGGGACAAGAUUCUCGCAGGGCGAUACACGAUUCUAGUGAUGUUAGGGAAUCCUAUGUUUAUGAGGCCAUAAACUCCGACGAUAUUGCUACGCUUGUAUACACUAGUGGAACAACUGGAAACCCGAAAGGUGUCAUGCUUACGCAUCAGAAUCUGUUGCACCAGAUACAUAACUUGUGGGAUAUUGUCCCGGCUGAAGUUGGGGAUAGAUUUCUCAGCAUGCUUCCACCUUGGCAUGCAUACGAACGAGCUUGUGAAUAUUUUACAUUUACACAUGGUGUUGAGCAAGUCUACACAAUUGUGAGAAACUUAAAGGACGAUUUGCGACAGUAUCAACCCGAGUACAUAAUUUCGGUUCCUUUAGUAUAUGAAACACUCUAUAGUGGGAUUCAAAAACAAAUUUCUACAAGCUCAGCAGCUCGUAAGCUAAUCGCGCUUACAUUUCUACGAGCUAGUAUGGCAUACAUGGACUUCAAAAGGAUUUACCAGGGAACAUAUCUAUCAAGGAACCCGAAGCAACCUUCGAUUCUUGUCUCGUUGUUUGAUUGGCUAUGGGCAAGAAUCAUCGCCGCAAUUUUAUGGCCAGUACAUGUGUUAGCAAAAAAGCUUGUCUAUAGCAAAAUUCACUCUGCUAUCGGGAUAUCGAAGGCGGGUGUAAGUGGUGGCGGUAGUUUGCCAGCACACGUUGACAAGUUCUUCGAGGCAAUUGGUGUGAAAGUUCAGAAUGGAUAUGGAUUAACAGAAUCCGCCCCCGUUGUUUCUGCUCGACGACCAAAUCUCAAUGUUCUUGGCUCGGUUGGUCACCCAAUUCAGCAUACCGAGUUCAAAAUUGUAGAUUCUGAAAGCGGUAGGGUUCUUUCGCCUGGUGAAAUCGGUAUUGUAAAAGUAAGGGGACCACAAGUGAUGAAAGGUUACUUCAAGAAUCCCGGAGCUACUGAGCAAGUUUUAGAUAAGGAAGGGUGGUUAAAUACUGGUGAUGUAGGUUGGAUUGCUCCUCAUCAUUCGAGAGGGAGAAGUCGUCGAUGUGGAGGAUUAGUCGUUCUUCAAGGACGUGCUAAGGAUACCAUUGUUCUUUCAACAGGCGAAAAUGUCGAACCUGUUGAGCUCGAAGAAGCUGCAUUGACAAGUCCCGUAAUUCAGCAAAUUGUUGUCAUUGGCCAGGAUCAACGACGCCUUGGAGCUAUAAUCGUUCCUAACAAGGAAGAAGCUUUACUGUUAGCAAAAGUGUUAUCUAUUGUAGAUUCUAAUGCCACUGAACUAAGUCAGGAGAAUUUAAAGAACUUAAUAUACAACGAAUUACGAAAACGGACUUCAGCGUGUUCGUUCCAAAUUGGACCGAUCCUUGUGGUGGACGAGCCCUUUACGAUCGACGGCGGUCUAAUGACUCCUACCAUGAAAAUUCGUCGGGACAAAGUGGUAGCUCUUUACAAGGAACAAAUAGACAAUUUGUAUAAGUAAAAACAUCCUAUGUUCAGAAUAGGCAUUGGAUCAAAGUUUUUUGGUAUAAGAACUUUGUUUCAUGUUAUAAUAAUAAUAAAUUAAUAAUAAAAAUUCAUGUUAAAGUUUUUCUUUUGUAGAAAUAAAUGCAUAAUAUAAUUGUA